AUGGAGUCUGACGGUGUUAUUGUUGAACCUGCUCACCCUGUUUCUGAGGACAAUGUUUCAAAAGUUGACGAUUUAAAGCGAAGGUCUAAAGGUGAUGAUACUGAGAAUGGCGAUGCUACGUCAAACAGUCAGACCGAAGAGCUGAUCGUUAAGAAAGCUAAAGUUGUGGACAUUCCCGAGAAAUUGCUGAUGGUCCCGAUCAAAGCGGUGAUAAAGAAGACAGCAACGGGACUACGGAAUCUAAGGUCUCCGAUGCUGAUGAACACGACGAAGAAACCAAAGCAGAGGAUGAACUGA